GUCUGUCUGUUUGUUUUUAUGGAAAUAUCAACAUUGUCUGGCUAUUUCCCUAUGGCUAUUUCUCUUAUUUCUUCGAAGAAUAAUCUGUUGUUAUAAGUCAUUGUACGCGAAACAGAAUGAUGGAAUUCGUGGAAGCAGACUAUCGUAGUGGUAGCGACAGUGAUGUUGAUGUGGAUACAGACAAGGCUUUACAAGAAACCAGCCAUGGUCAGGACUUGCUGCCACAAUGCAAUGGGAAAAGUGAGAAGAAUCGUACAUCAAAACGCAAGCGAACAGAAGGGGGAAGGAGACGUAUAAGAAAGAUUUUGAGCGAAGAACAGUUAGACGCAGAAACAUUGAGUGCUCAAAAGGAAGAACAGGAGAGACUACGUCGUUUAGAGCUGCAAAAGAGCUUGAAUUUGGUACCUACUUCUCAAUCCUCGCCACCACCAUCUUCCCUUAGCAACCAGCCAUCUGGCUCAGGCAUUAAUGGGUUAGCAACACCAGCUCAUGUGGAUAUGUCUAGUAAUGAGCCAAAUAAUGUAAUUCUAAUCAAUGACAGUGAUGACGACUGCAGUUUUACCGAGGGUUCUAACCAUUUGUCUGAUUGUGUUGUGAUUUCCGACUCGGAGUCGGAAUUAGAGGAGGAUGAGAACAAUCCCGAACCCGAGAAUAGUGGUUGUCAUACCAAUGAUGAGGUGAACCAGCCUGACGGCAAUGGUCACGUGUUGGUGAAUGUGAAUCAUCCUCCGAGCGAACCAGAUAUCUUUUUACCAAUGCACCUCUCCAUCCUAGUUAAACCACACCAGAUUGGCGGAAUUCGUUUCUUGUAUGAUAAUUUGGUCGAAUCCUUGUCGCGUUUCCAAGUGAGUCCCGGAUUUGGUUGUAUUCUCGCGCACUCGAUGGGCCUCGGCAAAACGCUACAACUUGUCUGUUUUAUCGACAUAUUCCUGCGAUACACCGAAGCGAAGAAGGUGCUUUGCAUCGUGCCGAUGAACACGCUACAAAACUGGAACAGCGAGUUCAAUAAGUGGCUUCCGGAAACGUCGUCCAAGACGCAAAGAGAAAAGUCGAAGAUGCCAGAGGAUGAGAAGGAACCCGAAGACUCCGAUGAUGAAAAUUCCGGAAGAACGUUUCAAGUGUUCGUGUUGAGUGAAAACAUGAAAACAACCGUUGCUCGGUCCAAUUUGAUUGGAAAAUGGUCGAACGAAGGUGGUGUUUUGAUCAUGGGUUAUGAAAUGUAUCGAAUUCUUGCCAUGUAUACUCCAUCCAUGGUGAACAAUACCAAAUUGACGGCGAGCAAGCGAAGAAAAACGAACGUGACCGAAGUUAUCGAUCUGGAAGAAGAGGAACGGAACAUGGAUUUACUGCUUGAAAUUCAAUCAUCGUUGUGCAAACCUGGGCCGGAUUUAAUCGUUUGCGACGAAGGACAUCGAAUAAAGAACAGUCAAGCCAACACCUCGCAGGCGUUAAAGAAGGUCCACACUAGACGUCGCGUUGUGUUGACCGGUUAUCCGUUACAGAACAACUUGAUGGAGUACUGGUGCAUGGUUGAUUUCGUGCGGCCAAAUUUUCUUGGAACAAAACAUGAAUUCUCGAACAUGUUCGAGAGACCAAUCAUCAACGGACAAUGUGUUGAUAGUACGGCAUCUGAUAUCAAGUUGAUGCGCUUUAGGGCGCACGUGCUGCACAGCUUACUGGAAGGCUUUGUUCAAAGGCGCAGCGAGGCCGUGUUGACAAAAACUUUACCAGAAAAAGAUGAAUAUGUGAUACCAAUCAGGAUGACUUCGAUUCAAACAUCGUUGUACAAGGCUUUUGUUUCAUCCGUGAAAAACUAUCUUGGCUUCAUCAAUCCAAUCAGAGCUUUCAGCAUGUCGAUAAAGAUUUGGAAUCAUCCAGAUAUUCUUCACAAUCAUCUCGAAAGUAAAAAAGAAGCGAACACAAACGACUCGUCAAUGACUGCGUGUGAUCCUGAUCUCGACAUUGGUGUUAACAUGAACAAAAAGGCGAAACAAUCGCCCAAGACCGAGACUCGAGUCCAGGCUGUUAGCUGCUCGUCAGAUGUCAGUCUUUCUCCCGUUGAUACAAAAGUCGUUGCUGGUCCAAGUGACUGGGUGUGCAACCUGCUGGACGAAUACGAAACAGGCGUGUUGCAGAAUGGUGCAAAAAUGGUGGUUCUCGUGGAAAUUAUCGAGAAAUCUGUUCAACUUGGCGACAAGAUACUCGUUUUCAGUCAAAGUUUGUCGACGUUGAGUAUGAUUGAAGUUUUUUUGAAAAAGCGAGCUGUUCCUCCAUUGCCAUCUCCAUUCAUUUUUCAAUCCGAACAUUGGGAAAGAAAUAAGAACUAUUACAGACUGGAUGGUGGCACUUCCUCGCAAGAGCGCGAGAAAUUGAUCACAGCAUUUAACGCAACGUCCAACAAUUCUGUGUUCGUGUUUUUGUUGUCGACAAGGGCUUGUAGUCUUGGAGUCAAUUUAAUUGGCGCCAACAGAGUGGUCAUAUUCGAUGCGUCUUGGAACCCUUGCCACGAUGCACAAGCCGUUUGCAGGGUCUAUAGAUACGGUCAAACAAAGAAAUGCUUUAUAUAUCGUUUGGUUUGUUAUGGUGCGUUUGAGAAACGCAUGUACGAACGUCAGAUUACGAAGGAAGGAAUGUCCGAUCGUGUCAUCGACGAGUUGAAUCCCGAAGCAAAUUUGACAAAACAAGAAGUGUUGAAUCUUUUUCGCGAUACGGAGGAGAGCGAUGGCAAAGACGAAGCUAUUGAUAUUCCACCAAAUCAUUACCCGGACCUUGUAUUGAAUCACUUGUGUGCCACUUGUCCCAAGAGGAUAUGUGAGAUACCAUUCAAACAUAAAAAACAGUCGGCGCACAAACCUAGGAAUAUGUUGACCAAAGCUGAAAAACGCGAAGCCAAAAAAGGAUAUGAACGUGAAAAGCGAGCUAUUGAUUUUGCUAAUAGUCGUUGCAGUAAUUUAUCUUCUUCGAUUCAAGACAGAGAGCAAGCUCAUAAAGCGAUAGUCGAUCGUCCCGUUGGUCAUGUAAAACCUAUACAAAAUCUUGAAACAUCUUCAACGUCUCUUAUUCGUCCUAUGGGGUCUGGUAUCUAUGGUAAUGGUCCAUCCACAGCUAACCUUUUCCGUCCCAACUUACCAUCGAUAAGCCAUCUCGCGGGUAUGACGAUUCCUCCUAUUUUGAACAACAGGUUUUUCCACUCGGGUCAAUUUCGCUCGCUGUCACCCUUUCCGUUGAACCACACCAUACCAUAUGGACAUCCUGGAAUGACGUACGGAGCUUCAAUGACGGCCGUGUCAAGACCGCGAAGCGUGGAUGUAAUGACUUCCGAACCUCAAACGUUAUGUGAUGUGUCCAUUGCACCUGUGGUGUCCGCUGAUACCAAUCAUAGAAGUAUCGCAGGCCUUCCCGACACUAAACUGGUUCCAAUCAACAGCAGUCAAACUGGCGUCACUUUAAAUAGUUCUUGUCAUGAUUCGGGUAAAAUCAGUUCGAACAACACAGUGCAGAACAGUGCAGUAACAGAACCGAAAAUUCGUGACUUCUCAAAUGCGCUGUGAUGAUUUGUUGUUGAUACAGCUCCUUCGGGUUCAGCCAUUUAUGCAUUCGCAGUUAUUCGUUGAAAUAUGUAGAAAAGCAGACAGAGGAUGUCGGAAACAAUUGUAUUUCCCUUAAAGAAGAAUAACAGAAAACGCUCGAACCAGCUUGAACAAUGGUUCAAAAUCAGAUAUGUAUUUAUGAAAUGUAUAUAUUACAAUUUUGUGAAAUAUAUUAUCCAUCCACGAGACAAAAAGAUAA